AUUUUCAACAAUGAACGCUACGUUUGAGAGACGUCUGAGGCCGGUUUCCGUUAAAAGACGACUGGGGAAAACAAACGCAUCAAAUAAUAAUAGUCAGCGUGAUCUAAGAAAUAAGCUGAACCUUACUGUUCGGACACCGGAUGCUCGGACACUACUUCGUAACCGUGUUCGACAGCGUAACUCAACAUUUCGUGAUGCAAGAAAUGUCUUGAAGUCAAGAAACCGAACCCGUACUCGGCCGCAUCCGAAUGUUCGUGUUCCAUUCUUCCUUCCUGUGAGAACGGUAAAAAAUGAACUUUAUGAAAGUCAAAUUAACAAAGCACAAAAUGCUCGGAGACCACGUCCAGCAUCACUUCGUUCAGGUAUCCCGGAUCUACUGAGUUUACCAUUACCUCUUCCUAAUCCACUUGAAUUCCUUAACAAUUCAACACCUCCAACUGGUCUGUUCGCUAACCUACUACCAUUUAAUGAAUUUCCAGUGACUACUUCUUCAUCAGGACCGAAAGUUAGUCCAAUACAAGGAUUUCGUUUGGAAAUUCGAAAUCUUCAACCUUCGGUUACUUUAGAUGAUGUAUUUGAAUUAUUUAGUAGUGUAGGCAGUUUACGCUUAUGUACUGUUACACGUCCUGGUCAAGCAGAAGUUAUUUAUAAUCAUUCUUCAGAUGCACUUGAAGCUAUUGAACGUUACAAUGGUCGAGAAUUAGAUGGUCGUCCAAUGCGUGUAACACUUACAACACCAAUUAGUGAUCUACCUAAUGAACGUGAUAAUGCUAAUCGUAUGGCCUCAAGACUUGGUCCUAAUUAUGCAAGAAAACAAACUGAAAGUCAAGCUAAACAAGUUAUUCGAGAAUCUCUUAAUCGUUCAGGUAUUCCAAUUGAAGUGGAUGCAGAUGUUGUUCGUAAAGCACUUUUCAAUGUUAGCUCAUCUGGUAGUAUACAAUCUCGUCGGCCUGUUGAUUUCAGUGUUAGUUUACGUUGACACCUUUUAUUAUAAAGAAAUUUUAAAGAAGAGGAAUAAGAAACAAGUUAUCCUGUGUUCUGCUUUUAACUCUUAGCUUUCAAUUUUUCCAAUCAUCUCUGUAUGUAUGUAUGUAUGUAUGUAUGUAUGUGUGUAUGUAUGUAUGUAUGUAUGUAUGCAUGUAUGUAUGUAUGUAUGUAUGUAUGUGUGUAUGUAUGUAUGCAUGUAUGUAUGUAUGUAUGUGCAACUGAAAAUUGUAUGUGUUACUUUAUUGACUUGUCGCCUUUUUCGAUCUGAAAAUACAGGAUGUUGAAAAUUAC